UGGAGUGCGAGGACUGGAGCGCGCGCGCGCCCCCCCGCGGCCACCAUGCGCGAGAUCGUGCACCUGCAGGCGGGCCAGUGCGGCAACCAGAUCGGAGCCAAGUUCUGGGAAGUGAUCAGUGAUGAACAUGGCAUUGAUCCCACUGGCACUUACCACGGGGAUAGCGACCUACAGCUGGAAAGGAUCAAUGUUUACUACAAUGAGGCCACAGCAAUCAUCUGGUCCACAGGAGGGAAAUAUGUGCCCCGAGCAGUGCUGGUGGACCUGGAGCCAGGGACCAUGGACUCAGUUCGUUCAGGCCCCUUUGGGCAAAUCUUCAGGCCCGACAACUUUGUCUUUGGCCAGUCUGGGGCUGGGAACAACUGGGCCAAAGGUCACUACACAGAGGGUGCCGAGUUAGUGGACUCUGUCCUGGAUGUAGUCCGGAAGGAGGCUGAGAGCUGUGACUGCCUGCAAGGAUUCCAGCUGACCCACUCGCUGGGUGGGGGCACAGGCUCAGGCAUGGGCACCCUACUGAUCAGCAAGAUCCGUGAGGAGUACCCAGACCGCAUCAUGAACACAUUCAGCGUGGUGCCUUCCCCUAAAGUGUCAGACACUGUGGUGGAGCCCUACAAUGCCACCCUCUCAGUCCACCAGCUAGUGGAGAACACAGAUGAGACCUACUGCAUUGACAACGAGGCCCUCUAUGACAUCUGCUUCCGAACCCUCAAGCUCACCACACCCACCUAUGGGGACCUCAACCACCUGGUGUCUGCCACCAUGAGCGGGGUCACCACCUGCCUCCGUUUCCCUGGCCAGCUCAACGCCGACCUGCGCAAGCUGGCAGUCAACAUGGUCCCCUUCCCCCGUCUCCACUUCUUCAUGCCCGGGUUUGCCCCACUCACCAGCCGGGGGAGCCAGCAAUACAGGGCAUUGACAGUCCCUGAGCUCACUCAGCAGAUGUUUGAUGCCAAGAACAUGAUGGCAGCCUGUGACCCCCGCCAUGGGCGUUACUUGACAGUGGCCGCUGUCUUCCGUGGCCGCAUGUCAAUGAAAGAAGUAGAUGAGCAGAUGCUGAACGUGCAGAACAAAAAUAGCAGCUACUUUGUGGAAUGGAUCCCCAACAAUGUCAAGACAGCUGUGUGCGACAUCCCACCCCGGGGUCUCAAGAUGGCAGCCACCUUCAUUGGUAACAGCACCGCCAUCCAGGAGCUAUUCAAGCGCAUCUCUGAGCAGUUCACAGCCAUGUUCCGCCGUAAGGCCUUCUUGCACUGGUACACGGGUGAGGGCAUGGAUGAGAUGGAGUUUACUGAGGCUGAGAGUAACAUGAAUGACCUGGUCUCAGAGUACCAGCAAUACCAAGAUGCCACAGCAGAAGAAGGGGAAUUUGAGGAGGAAGCUGAGGAGGAAGAAGUAGCCUAGAGUGUUUCCCAUCGGGUCUGCCUACAACACAGACCCGAUAUCAUACUAAUUCUUUUCUGAUACUACUUCCCCUGGAUUCUACCUUGAACCCUGUGUUCCCUCAAUUUCUCUGCUCCUCACAUCCCUUCAUAUCUUCCAGCCCCAUUUUUCUCAGACUCCUCUGAUCUCACCACUUUUCCCCCCUCUAAUUCUCUUAUAUUAUCUCCAACCUGGUCCACAUCCUACCCAGCUUCUCAGAUCCCACCAAACCUUUGUUUCCCCAAUUUCCCCGAUACUUUCCCCCUGAUUUUUCUCCAACUUCUGUGACCUCAGCUUCUCUGAUUCCCUCCAAACCUUCCUUGGCUUUCUUAUCUUCUUUCUGAAAAACUUCUCCUGAAAGUGGGUUGUGGGGGAGGCAGGGUGAGGAAUAUUAGAGAGAAGGAUUUAAACCUAGAUGAAACUUUAGAGAUUACAAGUCCCUCUUCAUAAAAAAAGGGCUCUGAGUCACACACAUAGAAUGAAUGAUGGAGUUGACUUGAACCCAAGGUCCCUAAGUGUCACCCCUCUUCCAAAUAAAUCCCUUUCCUCCCACAAAUACCUCCACCCUAAGCUGUGUUGGGCACGUUUUCAUUUUAUCAAAUGAGCAUGCACUAACUUCCAUCUUAGCCUAAUGUUGUGAUUUGGAUGGGGCUUGGGGGGGGGGGGGAAGGGAGGGCGGGGCGGGGGUUCAGUGAAUGUCCCUAAACAUUUACACAAUAAAAUCAUGA